AUGCAAAGAUAACUUUUUGUAAUUUCUUGUUGUCUAGAAGGCAGGAAAGGUAAAAAUGAAAAGUUGAAAUAAUAAUAUCGAUCCGAAUUCAAGACUAAGCCUUUACAGAUACCAAAAUCACAUAUUCCAUAUUUAAAAGUAAAAGAAGAAAACGAUAAAUAACUGAAAAAAUAAGCAUACCUGGUCUUAAGUGGUCGCAAAGUGAGAUAGCAAACACCCUUGGAUGAAUUUAUUAAAAAAAGACAUGAAAAGAGUUUAAAUUAGACUGCUUCUCUAGCUGAUGGAUUGCAUGCAAAAUCUAAACUUGAUAUAUUUAACAUAUGA